AUGGGUAGACGGGAAGGUUUUAGGAGAGAGAAGCACUCGCCAGGACAGACCGCUGAAGUGGUAAAGAGCGUCAUCUAUUUGCAGGGAGAGGCCUUCCAUUAUUCAACAGUUAGGAACAAGGACUGUCAAAAAGUUUGGUCAUCACCUUCAGAUCCUGUACAUCUUAAAGUGGAUGCUUCUCAAAAAUUAGAAAGCAUGUCAGAAGCGGAUGCCAUGAAUUUCAGCGGUCUUUCUCAAGACUUAACUCACUCAAAUUCUCCCUUCUAUAUGGAAACCAGCAGUACCACUUCAGACUUGCCUCAGAAUGAAAUAAAGAAUGUAAAAAGGGAAAAUGAGUCCAAACUUACACUUUCUGAAGAAAUUUAUAGCACACUAGAUGAUUUGUUAGGUGAUGUCAACAUUGGAAAGAACACACAGAAUGUACUAACUCAGCCGGUUGACACCAGCAUUUCUUCCUUCAGACAGUUUGAACCCAUUUGCAAAUUUCAUCAGACAGAAGCAUUUAAUAAUGAAAUGAUAACAUUUCAGAAUCUGAUGGAAGGCUUACCUUACACAGAGAAGCCAGAAUUGCAAAGUCAUGUAUAUAAUUAUGCAAAAGGCACCAAUAUAAAGGAAGAUUCAUUUAAGGAAGAAAAUCCAAUGGGAACUAGCACUUCCACAAAUAAAGACCGACUUGCUCAUGAGUGUGUCAGACAACCUCCUAGAAGCCCACCUCUAAUCCCCUGCAAUGGAGAGACACUGGAAUUCACAGAAAUGUCACUGGCUAAAAGUACUGCCACGGAAUCUGCCCUCAACCCUAGUCAACCUCAAAGUUUCUCAUGUCAGGAAAAUGUAGACAGUGAUGUUGAAAAACCGUUUUAUAAAGAGAAUAACUUUAACCUGCUUGAUCUGAGAGCUAAUUAUAAAACAGAGGAGAUUGCAUUUUCUUCAAAAGGAAUACAGAAUUCUGGGGAUAUUCCUGAGAUGUCAGUCAGUCAUGGAAAGGCAGUCGCAGUGGAGGGGACGGAGGGUCCUGUUGUCUCCACUGGGUCUCCUGCAGGCGCUUCUUGGAGUGAUGGAGCAUCCCAGGAGGACUGCAGGACGCCUGACACAGAGCAGAGCUGGGAAAGCUUGCAACCUCUGGAAGAGGAUAUGGCUUUAAAUGAAGUCUUACGGAAAUUAAAACAUACUAACAAAAAGCAGCAAACUCUGAUCCAAGAACUCCAGUGUAAUAAAAUGUAUUUAGAGAAGAAGGUUGAAGAACUACAGGUGAAGACUACCAAACAGCAAGUGUUCGUUGACAUCAUAAAUAAGCUAAAGGAGAAAGUCGAAGAAUUAAUUGAAGACAAAUACAGAGUCAUGCUAGAGAAGAAUGAUACUGACAAGACACUGCAGAAUUUGCAUGAGAUUUUAGCUAACACCCAAAAACAUCUUCAGGAAUCUAGGAAUGAAAAGGAAACCUUACAGCUGGAGCUUAAGAAGAUCAAGGGCAAUUAUGUUCGUCUCCAGGAAAGGUACAUGACUGAAAUGCAACAAAAAAAUAAAACUCUGAGUGAGUGCAUAGAGAUGGACAAAACCUUAAGUAAGAAGGAAGAAGAGGUAGAGAGGCUGCAGCUACUCAAAGGAGAAUUGGAAAAGGCCACUACGUGUGCUUUGGACUUGUUGAAAAGGGAAAAAGAGACCCAAGAACAAGAGUUCCUGUCUUUACACGAAGAAUUUCAGAAACAUGAAAAGAAAAACCUGGAAGAAAGACAGAAACUGAAAUCCAGACUUGAGAAAUUGGUGGCUCAAGUUAAAAAUUUGCAAUUCAUAUCUGAAAAUGAAAAGGCUAAGAAUACAAAACUUCAGCAGCAGAUCAAUGAAGUCAAAAAUGAAAAUGCAAAACUCCAGCAGCAGGUUGCAAGGAGUGAGGAGCAAAAUUACCCUAAAUUUGAGGUAGCUCAGUUAAAGGAGCACUUAGAGGAAGUGAUGGAGCCAGAUAUCACACAGGAUGCAAAGAUGAUACAUUCUAAUUUGUUCCUGAAUUGCUCAUCUUGUGAAGUUGAGAGCCUGAAUCCCCCAGACGUGAAAAGAACUUCUCAGCUGGCCUCCAAAAUUCACAAUCUUCUGGCUCUGAUGGUAGGACUUCUCACAUGCCAGGACAUUACCAAUCCUGAUGCUGAACAUUUCAAAGAGAGUGAGCAAGUGAGUGAUAUAAUACUACAAAAAUUGAAGAGCUUCUAUCUUAAAAAGAAAAAUUUAGAGAAAGAGCUACUGAAACAUAAAGACAAAAUCACAACUUUUAGAGAGUUAAUUGCUAAUGAAAAAGCAUUUCAAGAUCAGCUUCAUCAGGUUACAGACUUUGAUUCAAAUGAAGCCAAGAAGGUCAGAGAUGUACCUAUCUUACUGGGAUCCAAACUGGAUAAGUACCACAAUCUAAAUGAAGAGCUCGAUUUCUUGGUUACAUCAUAUGAAGAAAUUAUCAAAUGUGCUGACCAAAGGCUCGAAAUAUCCCACUCCCAGAUUACACAGUAA